UGAUCAUCAUAAGGUAUGAGCCGCUGAAUAAAAGGCGACUGGAGUAUCUGCCUUUCCCUCUGUUUUAUUUUGCUUUCUUUCAAUUUGUUUAUCACUAUCACUCUCCACCUGUCUGAUAGCUUGCAUGAACAAAGAAGAGCAAGGAAAAGCUCACAGAUGGCGCCGAGGCUUUUUCUCGUUUUGGUGCUAUUUGCCGUUUCGAGCUUGGAGUUGGGGGUACAAGGCAUAGGAGUGAACUGGGGCACUUCUGCUUCGCACCCUCUACCACCUCCCAAGGUGGUGGAGUUGUUGAAAUCGAACAAUGUCAGUAAAGUAAAGCUCUUCGAUGCAGACCCUCUUGUUCUCGAGUCUCUCUCGGGCUCAGGAAUCAAUGUCAUUGCCGGCAUUCCUAAUUCCAUGCUCAAGAGCUUGAGUUCAUCUAAGAAAGCUGCAGAGAGCUGGGUGCAUGAUAAUCUCACACGGUAUUUUUCUAAUGGUGGCGCAGGGGUUCAAAUCGAGUACAUUGCUGUUGGAGAUGAGCCAUUUCUGCAAAGCUAUGGAGGACAAUUCCAGCCUUUUGUCAUCGGUGCGAUGACCAACAUUCAAAUAGCUCUGAUUGGAGCAAAGUUAGAAAACAAGGUGAAAGUUGUGGUUCCAUGCAAUUCUGAUGCCUACCUGUCAGAAUCUGGUCUGCCGUCAAAAGGGCAUUUCAGGCCAGAUCUCAACAAAACCAUGACUCAGCUCCUUACAUUUCUUAGCAAGAAUCGCUCCCCUUUCUUUGUCAACAUUUCUCCAUUUGUGAGCCUUCACCAAAAUAAGAAUAUAUCACUUGAUUUCGCUCUUUUUGAAGAAGGUGCACAUGCUCGUAAAGACAACCAUAAAGAGUACAAGAACAGUUUUGAUGUAAGCUUUGAUACUCUGGCCACAGCAUUAUCCCAGGCUGGAUUUUCGAACAUGGAUAUUGUCGUUGGGCAGAUUGGAUGGCCAACAGAUGGAGCAAUAAAUGCUUCUUCCUCCAUUGCAGAGACCUUUAUGAAAGGUCUACUGGACCAUCUUCACGGCAAAGUGGGAACCCCACUUAGACCCCAGAAACCUCCCAUGGAGACUUAUAUCUUCAGCCUUUUAGAUGAAGAUCAAAGGAGCAUAACCGCUGGAAAUUUUGAGAGACACUGGGGUGUCUUCACUUUCGACGGCCAGGCAAAGUACCACAUUGAUUUAGGUCAAGGCUCAAGGAACCUUGUGAAUGCACAGGGUGUAGAAUACCUUCCCUCCAGAUGGUGUGUGGUGAACAACAACAAAGACAUGUCAAAUGUCACUGCCAGUUCUCUACAGGCGUGUGCUGUUGCUGAUUGCACUGCAUUAUCUCCAGGAGGUUCCUGCUUCAAUAUCAGCUGGCCUGGCAAUAUAUCCUAUGCAUUUAACAGCUACUACCAGCAACAUGACCAAAGUGCAGAUAGCUGUGAUUUUGGUGGCCUGGGCUUGAUCACAACCGUUGAUCCUUCUGUGGGCAGUUGUAGAUUUGCCGUGGAGAUACUGACUUCGAUUUCAACCUCUCUACCAAGUACCAUUCUUAUCCGCACAGCUCUUCUUACAGCACUAUACAUUUCAUUAUGGUUGGUUGAGUUUGCCUGGUAGAAGGGAAGUGCUACUGCUAUUCAGCAAUCUGUCUUGGCACGAGUACAGAGGCCCCUGAAAAAUUUGUAGCCUUAUUGGUAGAUAACGAGUAGUAUAUUGUUGUAGGACCUCACCGUGGUGUACAAGGUUUUUAGGUCCCUUUUAUUCCAUCUCCUGGAAAAAAAAUGACGCUUGGUUGGUUUGUGCUUUUUUUUUCUUUUAAUGAAAAGAUAAUCAUAAUAUUUUAUAUGGAAAUUAAGAUUUCAUCCUCA